AUGGCAACACUCGAUAAAACACCCUAUGAAAUACUUGAUGUUCCUGAAGAUGUAGACUACGAUAAAUUAUGUGAAGUUUAUCGAACGAAAAUUCAUGAACAUCUCGAAAAGAAAAUUUCAGCAAUCAAUUAUCGACAUAUCUGUCGAGCAUAUGAAACAUUAUCUGAUUUCAAUAAACGUAAACAUUAUGACUCUCAAAAAGAAUGGAUCUUUGAACUGUCAAUCGAUGAAUAUACUCCACAACAAUUGGCUGCUGAACCUGACCUAAUACGUGAUCUAAAACAACGGCUACACAGCGCUAAUUUAACAAUAAUCAACGCUCAAGAUUCUAUAACAGGUCACACAAUACUUUACACCGCAGCUCGUACUGGUAAUAUAGAAGCUGUAAAAUUUUUAACUGAACAAGGUGCAGACUCGGAUUUACUGCAACGCAUACAAAGUACUGCAUUACAUGCUGCUUCUUUUUAUGGACAUGCUGAUAUUGUUCGAUGUCUUUUGGAAAAUGGAGCCAAUUAUCGAAUAACGAAUUCAUGUGGUCAUACUGCUGAGGAAGAAGCUUAUAACGAUGAUGUAAAAAAAGUAUUUAUUCAAUUUAAACGAAUCGAUUAUGUACGAGUGGCUGCAAAUGAAUUCGAUUGGUUGCUAAAGAAUGGUUUACAACGACAUCAGGAUACAGAAUAUUUUGCUCAACGUCAAACAUUAUUACAUUGUGCUAGUAAGAAAGGUUAUUUCGAUCUAGUUCGUUGGCUUGUAGAACAACAUUCAGUUAAUAUGAAUCUUGUUGAUUUCAAUGGAAAUUCUGCUUUACAUCUUGCUGCUUCCGGUGGUCAUAUUCCUAUUGUUGAUUAUCUUCUUAAUCGUGGGUGUGAUCCAACUUUUAAAAAUCGAUGGAGUACAACAGCUGAAGAAGAAGGCAGUAAACAUGAUAGUUGUAUUAUUGACAUAUUCAAACGUAUGCGUGA